AUGAAGGUCAUCGUCCUGGGCGCGACUGGGGCUAUAGGCCUCCCCGUUUCCCAGGCCCUUUCUCGAGCCGGUCACAUUGUCUACGGCGUAACCCGCUCGGAAUCCAACGCUCGAAAACUUGCUACUGAAGAAAUAAUCCCGAUUGUGGCUGAACCAACGUCGGAGUCCUGGCAUUAUCUGAUUGUUCAAGCUGAUGUCGUUGUCGAGAGUGUUGGGGGGUAUUCCGACCUCGCGCAGACGGCCCCCGCCAUUUUACGGGGCGUCAGCAGAUCCGCAUCCACACUGAGACCGCCUGGCGCCCCGAAACUCACCUAUAUCUACACAUCGGGUAUAUGGAUCCAUGGUGACAACCGCGAGGACGUCGUGUCAGACACCACGCCAAUCACGAAACCAAUCGACCUCGUCACCUGGCGCAUUCCCUUCGAACAAGCAGUGAUCGGGGAUCCCAACUUGAACGGAAUCGUCAUCCGUCCUGCCCUCGUCUACGGCCGUACAGCGUCUAUCCUAGCGGGUUUAUUCAGGGCUGCAUCGGAGGGAAAGGUUGCUUGGUAUGGAACACCCGGAGGACGGUAUUGCUUGGUGCACGCGGACGACUUGGCCGAUCUUUACGUGCGGGCUGUUGAGAAGGCGCCGGUUCUAGGCGGUCAGAUAUUCGACGCUGCAAACGACUUCACGGAGUCCGUUGACGAUCUCAUGCAACGGCUUAACGAAAUCUCGGGUGCUCAGUCCCCGUACGAAUACAUCCAACCGUCUACUCCUUUCGAAGCGGCCAUUGGCACAACAGUGCUGUGCCGGCCAUACCUCGCUCGAGCUCUUCUCGAUUGGAAGCCUAGAAAGCCGGGCUUGGUAGAUGGGUUGGAGAUAUAUUAUGCAGCGUGGGCCGCAUCGCAGCAGGCGUGA